UAAGUAAAAAAACCAAAGAACAGUUUAAGAAAUAUUUAGAGAGGAUAGAAGACCCCAAAAAUAAUCAAGAAGUAAACUAUGACUUACCAGAAAAUCCGACUCCUUUACAAGUGGCUAAGUUUGAUAUUUGCCAAAGAAUCCUCGCUUAUCAGCAAGAUAAUAAUCUAACUGAUGAAGAAUUAGCCGAAAGGAUUAAUUUAAGUAUUCCUGAAUUAGAAGAAAUACUGUUUUGUCAAAUUGAGAAAUUUACCCUCGAUCGGUUAAUGACUUAUGCCAACUCUUUAUUUAACCCUUCCCAAAUAAAGAUUACUAUUACUAAGCCCUUAUUAAGAAAAAGAACUCCCUUGUAUGCUCGCUAG